CCGCCCCCGGCCCGGCCCGGCCCGGCCCGGCCCGGCCCCUGCAGCCGCGGGCGAAGUGGAGCUGGCGAGGCCGGGAAGACGCCGCCGCCGCUUUCUGCUCUCCUCCUCUCCCUCCCCCCCGCGCCCCGGCCGGGUCCGUCAACAUGGCGAGCGCCUCGUACCACAUCUCCAACCUGCUGGAGAAAAUGACAUCCAGCGACAAGGACUUCAGGUUUAUGGCUACUAAUGACUUGAUGACAGAACUACAGAAAGAUUCUAUCAAGCUGGAUGAUGACAGUGAAAGAAAGGUGGUGAAGAUGAUUUUGAAAUUACUGGAAGAUAAAAAUGGUGAGGUGCAAAACUUAGCUGUCAAAUGCCUGGGACCUCUGGUGAGUAAAGUGAAGGAGUAUCAAGUGGAGACCAUUGUAGAUACCCUCUGUACAAACAUGCUUUCAGAUAAAGAACAGUUACGUGACAUUUCAAGCAUUGGUCUUAAAACUGUGAUUGGAGAACUCCCCCCAGCUUCCAGUGGUUCUGCCUUAGCAGCUAAUGUUUGCAAAAAGAUCACAGGGCGUCUCACUAGUGCUAUAGCCAAGCAGGAAGAUGUGUCUGUUCAACUUGAGGCACUGGAUAUUAUGGCUGAUAUGCUGAGCAGGCAAGGAGGACUGCUUGUUAACUUCCAUCCUUCAAUUCUGACCUGUCUGCUCCCCCAGCUGACCAGCCCAAGACUUGCUGUGAGGAAAAGAACCAUCAUUGCUCUUGGUCACCUGGUCAUGAGUUGUGGCAAUAUGGUUUUUGUUGACCUCAUUGAACAUCUGUUGACAGAGCUGUCUAAAAAUGAUUCCAUGUCAACAACUAGGACCUAUAUACAGUGUAUUGCUGCUAUCAGUAGGCAAGCAGGUCAUAGAAUAGGUGAAUAUCUUGAGAAAAUAAUUCCUUUGGUUGUAAAGUUUUGUAAUGUAGAUGAUGAUGAACUACGAGAGUACUGCAUUCAAGCCUUUGAAUCUUUUGUUAGGAGGUGUCCUAAAGAAGUUUAUCCUCAUGUAUCUACUAUUAUAAACAUUUGUCUUAAAUAUCUUACUUAUGAUCCUAAUUACAAUUACGAUGAUGAAGAUGAAGAUGAAAAUGCUAUGGAUGCUGAUGGUGGUGAUGAUGAUGAUCAAGGGAGCGAUGAUGAAUAUAGUGAUGAUGAUGACAUGAGCUGGAAAGUGAGGCGUGCAGCUGCUAAAUGUCUGGAUGCUGUGGUUAGCACACGACACGAAAUGCUUCCGGAAUUCUACAAAACUGUAUCUCCUGCUUUAAUAGCCAGAUUCAAAGAACGUGAAGAGAAUGUUAAAGCAGAUGUUUUUCAUGCAUAUCUUUCUCUUUUAAAACAAACUCGACCUGUGCAAAGUUGGCUUUGUGAUCCUGAUGCAAUGGAACAAGGAGAAACACCUUUGACAAUGCUUCAGAGUCAGGUUCCCAACAUAGUUAAAGCCUUGCACAAACAGAUGAAGGAGAAAAGUGUGAAGACACGUCAGUGCUGCUUUAACAUGCUGACUGAGCUAGUAAAUGUGUUACCUGGAGCCCUAACUCAACAUGUUCCUGUACUUGUACCAGGAAUAAUUUUUUCACUGAAUGACAAAUCAAGUUCUUCUAAUCUGAAGAUAGAUGCUUUGUCCUGUUUGUAUGUGAUCCUCUGCAAUCAUUCUCCCCAAGUCUUUCAUCCUCAUGUUCAAGCAUUGGUACCUCCAGUUGUAGCUUGUGUUGGUGACCCAUUUUACAAGAUAACAUCAGAGGCACUUUUGGUUACCCAACAACUUGUGAAGGUUAUUCGUCCUUUAGACCAGCCUACUUCCUUUGAUGCUACUCCUUACAUCAAAGAUUUGUUUACUUGUACAAUCAAGAGAUUAAAGGCUGCUGACAUUGAUCAGGAGGUGAAAGAAAGGGCAAUAUCUUGCAUGGGUCAAAUAAUUUGUAGCCUUGGUGACAGUCUAGGCACAGACCUGCCUAGUACACUUCAGAUCUUUCUAGAGAGACUGAAGAAUGAGAUCACUCGGUUAACUACAGUGAAGGCCAUGACAUUGAUUGCUGGUUCUCCUUUGAAGAUAGAUUUGAGACCAGUCCUUGGGGAAGGAGUUCCUAUUCUUGCUUCUUUUUUGAGAAAGAACCAGCGAGCUUUGAAGCUGGGUACUCUUUCUGCGCUAGAUAUUUUAAUUAAGAAUUACAGUGACAGCUUGACAGCUGCCAUGAUUGAUGCAGUCCUGGAUGAGCUUCCACCUCUGAUUAGCGAAAGUGAUAUGCAUGUAUCACAGAUGGCCAUCAGUUUUCUGACAACGCUGGCUAAAGUAUAUCCUUCCUCCCUGUCAAAGAUUAGUGGCUCCAUUCUCAAUGAACUUAUUGGGCUGGUAAGAUCACCCCUACUUCAGGGUGGAGCACUUAGUGCCAUGCUAGAAUUUUUCCAAGCUUUGGUUGUGACUGGUACAAAUAAUUUAGGCUAUAUGGAUUUACUACGCAUGCUAACGGGUCCAGUGUACUCGCAGAGCACAGCACUUACUCACAAGCAGUCUUACUAUUCCAUUGCCAAAUGUGUUGCUGCCCUUACUCGAGCCUGCCCUAAGGAAGGACCGGCUGUUGUAGGUCAGUUCAUUCAAGACGUUAAGAACUCAAGGUCCACAGAUUCCAUUCGUCUUUUGGCUUUGCUUUCUCUUGGUGAAGUUGGGCACCACAUUGACUUAAGUGGACAAAUUGAGCUGAAGUCUGUAAUACUGGAAGCGUUCUCUUCUCCUAGUGAAGAAGUCAAGUCAGCGGCAUCAUAUGCCUUAGGCAGUAUUAGUGUUGGCAAUCUUCCUGAGUAUCUGCCAUUUGUCCUACAAGAAAUAACCAGUCAACCUAAGAGGCAAUACCUUCUUCUGCAUUCCUUGAAAGAAAUAAUUAGCUCUGCAUCAGUGAUUGGUCUCAAACCAUAUGUUGAGAACAUCUGGGCCUUACUCCUGAAACACUGUGAAUGUGCAGAAGAGGGUACAAGGAAUGUUGUUGCUGAAUGCUUGGGCAAGCUUACGUUAAUAGACCCAGAGACUCUGCUUCCACGACUGAAGGGAUACUUGGCAUCAGGGUCCUCAUACGCUCGAAGUUCAGUGGUUACUGCUGUUAAGUUCACUAUUUCUGAUCAUCCACAACCCAUAGACCCACUCUUGAAGAACUGCAUAGGUGAUUUUCUGAAAACUCUGGAGGACCCAGAUCUCAAUGUCAGGAGAGUAGCCCUAGUGACAUUUAAUUCAGCUGCCCACAAUAAACCAUCUUUGAUAAGGGACCUCUUAGAUACUGUGCUUCCUCAUCUUUACAAUGAAACAAAAGUCAGAAAGGAAUUAAUCAGAGAGGUGGAAAUGGGACCAUUUAAGCAUACAGUUGAUGAUGGGUUGGACAUAAGGAAAGCAGCUUUUGAGUGCAUGUAUACUCUAUUGGAUAGCUGUUUGGAUAGACUAGAUAUAUUUGAAUUCUUAAACCAUGUUGAAGAUGGUCUGAAGGAUCACUAUGAUAUUAAGAUGCUCACCUUUUUAAUGUUGGUGAGACUGUCUACCCUUUGUCCAAGCGCGGUGCUGCAGAGAUUGGACAGGCUUGUCGAACCUUUGCGUGCUACAUGUACAACUAAGGUAAAGGCGAACUCAGUGAAACAGGAAUUUGAAAAGCAAGACGAACUAAAACGAUCUGCUAUGAGAGCUGUAGCAGCACUUCUAACCAUUCCAGAAGCAGAGAAGAGUCCAUUAAUGAGUGAAUUUCAGUCACAGAUAAGCUCUAACCCUGAGCUGGCAGCCAUCUUUGAAAGUAUCCAAAAAGAUUCAUCAUCCACUAACUUGGAAUCAAUGGACACUAGUUAGAUGUUUGUCCAAAAUGGGGACCAUUAUGUUGAACCAUAUGAUGCACUGAAUUGACAGGUUAUGAGUAAGAAACAGAAAAAGUAUCUAAUCUAUACAUUGUUCCACUUUAUUUACCUUUAUGGGGACAGUUGGCUUUUCCCAUAAUUGCUUUUCUAGCAUUUAUUUCAGAAAUGUAUUUCCAUAGUCCAGAGUUUAACCACUCUUGUUUCAGUGGAUUUGGCCACAUUUGGGAAUUAAAAAGUUGACUCAUGGUGUAUGGAAAUAAGUUCCAGCAUCCAUUUGCCCUGUAAUGUUUAGGAUUAAAAUGUCGAAAUUUUGUGACCAUGAUUUUUUUUUUUCUUCUAUUCAUUCUUUCUACCUGUAAACAAAAAAGGGGGGGAGGUGGGAAUCAAGUGUCUAGGUGCACCAUGGUUUUUGUAUAACUUUUUAUUCUUUUUUGUUUCAGCUUCAUAAAUUGGUUUGGCUGGCAGAUGAAUUAUGUGUAAGAUUUAUUAUAUUAAAAAGAGAGUUUGGGCACAGUUCAAAAAGAGCAGACAUAAAUGUCAUUUUUACAGGUGUGGGGACUAGAAAACCAGUAUCCCUGUUGUGCACACUAAUUUUGCAUGAGCAAGUUUACAAAUAUAUAUUGUCUGUAAAACAGCAUGUGCAGUUUAUUCGUAAUGCAAGUUAAAAUAAGUUCUACUGUAUCAGUGCAGUUUUCAGGUAUUUUGACAUACAGGCCAUUCAUACAGGAAGGGGUGAAUGAAAGUUUGUUGUCUUAACCUGGCUUUUUUAAAUGCCAGUAAUAUGACCCUGCAGAUGUUCUUACAGUAAACAUGACAAUUUCUGCAGUUUUCAUGAGUUUUCAUUCCCAAAGACUGGAUCCACUGGCAUUGAGGUGGACAAACCCUAAGAUUGAAAGGAAACGAGAUGGAGGUAAAAUGAGCAGAGAAAACAAGAGCUGCUCAGUGGCUCCUGAACUCAGGAUUCAACAUUGCUUUUAUUAUAAAAGUAUGAAGGAAGUUUCUUCAGAGGAUUCAAUCUCCUAUUCUUCAUCUGACAGCUUUUGUUAAGGCACUAAUAUAUGGUGUUACCUAGACAAGUGUUGCCAGACCAUCAUUUUCUUCUGCCAUGUGGGACCACCAGUAGGCUGCAAUGCUGCAAGUGUCAUACAGUAUUCUGGUGAGACAGGAAACAGGGAAUGGCCAAUAGACUGGAGAGAGAGAGAGGGAGCAAACAGAAGAAAACAUUCUUCUGUGGAUAUGCUAAAUUUAGAAAUUUAGAAAUGGACCAGAAGCAGAUAGCUGGCAGUCCCGCAAUGAACUGGAUUUGGGAAUUUAAUAACAAAAAGAUGGGGGACCACUGCCUCAUUACUUGUUUCAUGCAACUGCUUAGUUGCCUUUUUCUUUUUUUCCAAGUCAGAUAUGAAUUUUAAUUUUUUUAGUUAACUGGUAUUUUUUUAGCUAGUUCGUUAUUUUGGAAACCUGUUACAUGGGUACGUGGCAUAAGCUGCUACAGAACUAAACAAGCAUUCAUUUUUAUGACCUCAGAGACAGUUUCCUGUGAGCAUUGGGGCUUGGGGGCAAAAUCUUCACCUUAUAUGCUUGCAGCUUGGGAAAAGAGAGGAGAUACUGGUACAUUUAACUUUAAUAGAAGGACCUGAACAAAGAAGUCUAUGAACUCAUUCAGUAGUAACAAUUCUAAUGCUGUAGAAAUUUUUGAAAAUGUAGCUUUCUCUGUCUCCAAAGUCUUCAUACUAAUGUAACAAUUGUCUUCUAGAAGUAGAAAUAAAUGAGAUUAAACAUACCAACAUAUCUAAAUGUCAUGAAAAGGAGUGGAAUGACUAGAGAGAAACCAUACAGUAGAAAAAGCACUGUGAAUUAGGUGUAUGUUAUCUUGCUGUAUAACUCAUCCACUUCAAUUGCAGCAAUAUACAGGCCUCCUAACUAAGAAUCUGUUGUGCUAAUUAGUUGUCAAACUAAUCUUUGAACUUUUUGUGUUUUCAGAGUAUAUUAAAAUUUUAUAGAUCUAAAGUUAGGUGUGAGAAUGGUAUGAUAAACAUGAAAUGUGAGGCCUAAACAGGAAAAGGGAGUAGGUCACAAUGGUAAGUGAACAGAGUGAGAGAUUUGUGUGUGCUAAUGUGCUACCAGAACAUAACACCUGAUGUGGUGGAGGCAGAUCAUCUUCACUUUGUUUUACAGUACGUUACAGGGGAGCAAGCUUAAGGACAGAAGAGAAGGUUGAGAUAUAUUACAUAGUGAAUGCUUUCUUGCAAAAGAGUAAUCUUCACUUUGACCACUGACGAAGCAGGUGGGAACAUAAGAAUUAAGUCCUCCCUGUAAAUUGCAGAAAUUCUGAGUGUGGUUGUCUCCAUAUAGCAGUUAGUUAUUUUGGUGAUGCGGGAAGACAAAUACAUAAAGAUUGUAACUGCACCAUAAUUACUGAGGUAAUUUAUUAGUGUUACAAAAUCUAACCAUGUUCGGUGUUGAAGUUCCACUCACUUUCACUGAAUCACUAGAUUGAAAGUUUUCUUUGGUUUUCCCUCUGUAUAUCCAAGUAUUUGUAUAAAUCUGGUGUGUUUAUGCUUUUUGAUCAAUUACAUUAAUGUUAUUCUGUUAAGGAAGAUGUCAGGAAUACCUGUAGCUGGUUUUUAAAUGCUGAAUAUUUGAAACUAAAUAUGAAAUUUCUCUCACUAAAACAAAACCAGAAUUCUGAAAGGCUGUUCUUAAGAUGUUUGGUAAAAUUAGAGCUUUCUAUAGUAUUUUUCAUCACUUUGCACACAGACAAUUGAGACCAAUUAACAAGCCUUGUGUGUAAUAUAGAAAUGGUUGGCCAGUCCUUGCAUAGUAGAUUCUUGGCUUGAAAUAUUUUUGUAUCUCAAAAGUACUUUGUGCUCUGUUUUUCAGUGAAAGAACUUGCCAUCCUUAUAAGAGAGGUUUUUUUUCUAAAAUUAUAAAUUGAAAACUACCAGUACAUCAAGAAUGCUGCAGUUCAGUUAUGUAAAUUUAUUUUUUAAUACAAUUUUCCUUCAAAGUAUGGCAUCUAAUAUAGCAGUUGACAAAAUAAAGAGAGCUGUACUACUUCCA